CUGAGAACACGACGUGGUAUAUAAAGUAGCCACAUUUAAGGGUAGGCAGCAUUCAGUCCAAAGCUGAGCUUUUAUCAAGACGCCAUGAAGGGAUUACGAGUUCUGUUCGUCUGCUGUUUGACAGCUUCUGCCUUUCCGCAAGAUCAAGAUAACCAAGUAAAUGGUGACAACACACGCUUCUUUGGAGGCGGAAUCGGCCCAGGUUUUGAAGGAGGAUUCGACCCUGCAUUUGGAGGUGGCGUCAACCCAGGCUUGGGAGGAGGCUUCGGAGGAGUUUCCAACACCUGCAGACGUUGGUGCCGAACUCCCGAGGGACAGGCAUACUGCUGCGAGACCAACGAUGAGCCUGACACCCUUCCCUUCGUGAAACCGGGCGUAUGCCCUCCCGUUCGCCCUCAGUGCCCACCCGUCAGGAGCUUUGCCCCUCCUCAGACAUGCUCCAACGACAGCAAGUGCGGAGGCGUCGACAAGUGUUGCUUCGACAGGUGUCUUGAGGAGCACGUGUGCAAACCCCCUGUUGGGUCUUCCGGCUUUGGUGGUGGUUUUGGCUUCUGAUUGAUUCCUUUUCUAUGUCUUCACCCUUCUCUUCAGUCAUUAUCGAAUUAACUUAUUAUCGAGUUUAGUAAACAGUUUGUUAUGCUCAUCGAUGUCCAAGCGUAAUGUGUGUGUGAAUAUAACAACCUAAUAAAUAUGUGUAUCGAAACAGA